AGUCUAUUGGCAAAGUGAUGAAUAUUGCAUGUACCUUGGCCUAACGGUGUGGGUUAUGUAUUUUAUUUUUCAUGGCGUCCUCAACAUUACAGUUUUAAGGGCAACAAUAGCCUAAAUUUGUUUACAACUCGCAGGAUUUCCAUACAUGAGCUUUCAACAACACAGAGUGUUGCAUCAGCACGAGAUCGAAAGUGCGUCAAAUCUGUACAGGUCAUUGUUACGUCAUCACUGAUAAACGUUGAAACUGAUGAAAAACCGCUGGAGCAGUUCAGUCUAAACCUCCCUAGUGCUGGAGGAUUGCGUUUGUUUUCGCUCUGGAUGCGCGUUCAUUUUGGCAAGGAAAUGUGCUGAUUUUGCAAGGAGAUGGAGAAUAAAGAGUUCAAGGCUGCAGUGGUGACCUUCACUACCGUGACCCACAAGGAUGAAACUUCCCAGACCAGCCUCACCCUCAGCAGGGGAAAGAGAAGCUACCCAGACCUACACACCUUUGUGCAGGACAUGAAGGACGACCAUUGGAAUCUGCUGAGUGAGAAUAUGCGUGCCGGGAUGAGCAGACAUGAGUUUAGUGCCAAGUGCAUGGAUAUUGUAGCAUGGGUGAUGGAGUCUACAUCCACUGUGGUUGUUCCCGCCCUUGACCUCACCAUGCAGAUAGAGCUCUCUGAUUCGCCAAGCUCUUCUGGAUCAGGAAGUAAUGAGGCAGGAGAGGUGACCUCUCUUGGCCGCAGCGUCAGAUUCAGCUGUAGUGGAGGACCCAGCAGGUGCACCAGCGCCAGAACCACCUGCAGCACACGCACUCCCACGCCUUUCCCCUCCUCUCACAGGUGUUUGACCUCUUUGCUGAGUGAGGACAAAGAGCGAUAUGUCUCCUCACCUGAGGGUGGCGAUAGAGAGAUGAGACACAGACCACACUCAGCACCACUGAGAUCUGUGUUUGGCAUCUCUGAGGACUCUGUCUUCGACAUGGUCCAGAGCGGCCAGUCGCAGGGUGACAUCGUACCGCUGCCCAAACGGAGUAGACAGGAGAAAUACAGACCUAGCAAAAUGUCAACGGACGGCAAGUUUAUGAUGGGUUUUGUCGAGUUGGUUAUAAACCUUCUCAACUCCAGAUUGGCUGAGCUAAUGUGAAGUGU